AUGACGAUCGCAUCGCCGCGAAGAAGGCCACCAAGCAGGAAGAUCAGCCGACCAAGCGAGCAGACAAAAGAAGCGACAGGCUGGGCAGCAGGGACAGAGACAAACACAGCCCAAGUGAAGGACAAACCUUGGGUAAAAAGACUGUCACCCUUGAAAAGAGAUCCGGAUAAGAGGAAUACCAGAAAAUAUUAUGUGUUCCGUGCAACGCAAGGGCACAAUAUGAAUAAUUGCUUUGCUUGUAAAGCGCACGUCGAAGAACUCGUUAGAAAAGGUCACUACACGGAGUUUAUCGUGAAGCAGGCCAUCCAGCAGAUUGAAGAUCGCGAUACUGCUAAGGAGCCACCCCAGAAGAUCAUAAGGAUUAGCACAAUCCUAGCCGACUCCGAGGAGUCCAGACUGACCAACAAAGAAAAGAAGAGAAAGAUCAAAUAG